AAUGUAAACUCUGCAUAGACAGCAGCUUCUUAUUACUGUUUGUCUGUCCUGUAUUCCAUGCCGUCUGCCUGUCCUGUAUUCCAUGCCGUCUGCCUGUCCUGUAUUCCAUGCCGUCUGCCUGUCCUGUAUUCCAUGCCGUCUGCCUGUCCUGUAUUCCAUGCCGUCUGCCUGUCCUGUAUUCCAUGCCGUCUGCCUGUCCUGUAUUCCAUGCCGUCUGCCUGUCCUGUAUUCCAUGCCGUCUGUCUGUCCUGUAUUCCAUGCCGUCUGUCUGUCCUGUAUUCCAUGCCGUCUGCCUGUCCUGUAUUCCAUGCCGUCUGUCUGUCCUGUAUUCCAUGCCGUCUAUCUGUCCUGUAUUCCAGAUUCUCCUACGAUGCUGUCUGUUGCGCUCAGCCUGGGGGCAGUGCUGGUGUUUUUUCUGUUGUUGGUCGUACAGCGGGUGCGUACAGAGGGCGCUUGGGCACUGUGGUGGCAUGAUAAUUACCUGGAGAAACUGAAAGAUUUCCUGAGCGGUACGACCCGUCCUGUCCGGAUGUUGCGACACGUGCAGAAAGUGGCCGAGCACGGCGAUGCUCAGAGUGUCCUGGCAGCGGUGGACUCAUACUGCAGCAACGUGGAAUGGGCCAUGAAUGUGGGGGACCUGAAAGGUCAGAUCCUGGACGCGAUUGUGCUGGAGACUCGACCACGCUAUGUUCUAGAGCUGGGCACGUACUGUGCCUAUUCUACCGUUAGGAUGGGCCGGCUGUUGCCCCCUGGUGCUCGACUGAUCAGCAUUGAGAUGAACCCGGACUAUGCUCAGGUUGCACGCAAAAUCCUUCACCAUGCGGGACUGGACACGCAGCUCACCCUGAUAUCUAGCGAUUCCCCUUCUCCUUCCUGCACUCAGGGAGAGCAGCCAGCAGAGGGCACUGAACAGCCCUCUGCCCAGCGGCGUUGGCGCCUUCAAGAGGCGCUAAUCUACACCACUCUGCACUGUCUACAACUCCCCCUACAGUUAUUUUCUCGCAAUCCCCCAAACCCACUGGGCUCCUCCUUACCGCGGGACAGAAGCUCAGAGAGACAGCAGUCAGGAAAACUCCAAACCUGCAAGGUGGAGAUCUUGGUUGGUUCCACCUCUGACCUGAUCCCUCAGCUGAAGAAGAAGUUGGACAUUGACACAUUUGAUUUUGUAUUUAUCGACCAUUGGAAAGUCAGUUACCUCAAGGACACCAAACUGCUGGAGGAGUGUGACUUACUGCGACCUGGCUCUGUUCUUCUGGCUGAUAAUGUAAUCUGCCCUGGAGCCCCUGAAUACCUACAUUACGUGAGAACUAGCCCACGCUAUGAGAGUCAGUAUUUCCCAUCCCAGCUGGAGUACCUACAAGUGGAGGAUGGCAUGGAGAAGUCGGUCUUCUUGGGUUGACGGGUUCAUUGCAGUGACACCAUUUCUGUGCCAAAACCUGCCCACACCCGGACAGCCAACACCUCACCCCCAAAGCUUCCCAGUCAGCACUGGAGACUAAGGGCUCAGAGACUAGAGGAUAGACUAUGCUAUGCAGACCUACCACCACGCAUGUACAGUUAUUCCGCCAUGUGCUUAGACAUACCACCAGGCAUCUACAGAUAUACCACCUUGUACAUAGACAUACCACCACACAUUUACAGAUAUACGUCCGUGUACAGACAUACAACCACACAUGUACAGAUAUAGCGCUGUGUGCUUGGAGACAUACUGCUGUAUGAAUAUAGACAUACAGCCAUGUGCAUACACCGUUCACAGAUUUCCAGUGCUAAGCCGAUACGUGUACGUUUAUGUAUCCCGGCAUUGAUGCAAAAUGUUAGUGAAUAGCUAUCAUUAGACAGCCUUGUGUGCACUUAUGCCGGGAUAUCAGUAUGAAUUGGCUAUGGGCAGAGUCACAUACAUGCUGUUCUAUGGGAAGGGGUACGGGGGGAUUUUUAAGGGGUGUAUGUGGGGUUAUUAUCCUGUGUGGCGUUUGCUCACUAUCUCAGCUUGGCACAUUAAGCAUGUUACUGUACAGAUACAAUAAAUCAUACAACCAUA